AUGGGCCAAAUAAAACUCACCCACGAUGACUAUACCGUCGGAUGGGUAUGCGUCCUAGAAUGCGAGCUGAACGCUUCCCGAGCGUUGCUGGAUGAGGAACACGAGAGGCUCCCUGCCGCCGAGAAGGAUGAUAACGCCUACCUCCUUGGAAAAAUGGGGGGACAUAACGUGAUCAUUGCAUUCCCAGCGGUAUACGGGGUCGGCGCAGCGGCACAAACAGCUACGAAUAUGAUACGCACAUUUCGGAAUCUGCGGUUCGGGUUGAUGGUGGGGAUUGGGGGUGCGGCGCCGAAUCCGGCGCGGUUUGGAAGGCCUGGUGAGGAUAUGCGAUUGGGGGAUGUGGUUGUUAGCGAGCCGAAGGGUGAUGAAGGCGGAGUGGUACACUAUGAUUUAGGGCAGCGGAAAGCGGAUGGGAAGCUUCACAAGAGGUCCCAUCUGAACAAACCGCCGAUGUUUCUGUUAACUGCAAUGAAACUCUUACGGUCAGAUCAUCCAUUCGGCAGGGGAGAGAUGAAUCGCUACAUCGCCCGUAUCGGCCAGCUGUCGGAGACAUCGGAAAUCUUCGAAGCCUAUCAACACCCGGGCAGGGAUAAUGACCGUCUAUAUCGAGUGGAUUAUGACCACGAGGACGGAGAAGAAGACUGUACACGCUGCGACACCAAUUCGACGGAGACCCGCGCACCCAGGAAAUCCGAUGCGCCCGUGGUGCACUAUGGAUUGAUUGCGUCGGGGAACGCAGUCAUAAAGGAUCCUCGGUAUCGGGAUGAACUGCGUAAGGCCUGGAAUGUGGCAUGUUUUGAGAUGGAGGCUGCAGGGCUAAUGGACAAUUUCCCGUGCUUGGUGAUCCGGGGAAUCAGUGACUACUCGGACACGCACAAAAACGAUAUCUGGCAGCCCUAUGCGGCGGUGACGGCUGCUGCAUAUGCCAAAGAUCUGCUUCGUGUGAUUCUUCCGCAGGAGAUUCAUGCGGCGAAGGUUGUGGAAAUGAAAGAAGUAAUGGAUGUGUUAUCGAAUAUCCAAACGGGUGUAUCCAUAAUCAACUCAUCAAUAAGUACCACCCAGGAACACGAGCUGCUUGUAUGGCUAUCCCCAAAGGACUACGGCUCUGAACAAACCGAUAUCCUACGUCAACGCCAAGAGGGAACUGGAACAUGGCUCCUGGAGACCCUUGGCUUCGAAACAUGGGUGGCUGAACGCAACAAAACCAUCUACUGCAGAGGCAUGCCCGGUGCUGGAAAGACGGUUAUGACCGCAGUGGUAGUGGACGGUCUUCGAUCACGGUUUGAGGUAAAUCCUGCGGUAGGGAUUGCAUGCAUAUACUGUAGCGUUCAGAAUGAAGCCGAGCAAACCCACAACUCUAUCUUUCUGAGCCUACUGAGGCAGCUUGUCCGACAGCUAUCAUACACGCCCGAGAUGGUGAAGAGUAUGUAUGAUCGCCACCAACGAACUGGCAGCCGGCCGAGCUUUCGUGAAAUAGUGGAAGUCCUUCAAGAUACAGUCGCUCGUUUUGAAAGGACCUUCAUCGUGUUUGACGCUCUCGACGAGUUGCUCACCUCUGAAAGUCCCCCGAAGCAGCUGGUUAGAGAACUCUUUGCUUUUCAAGGAAGAACUGGAAUUAACAUAUUUGCAACCUCUCGUUUCGUCCCGGAGAUUGCAGGCGAGUUCAAGGAUAGUAUACUGAUCGAUAUCAGGGCGGCAGAAGGGGAUGUUGUGCAGUACUUAGGCUCGCACAUUGGGGAAUUACCCGCCUUUGUGUCCGAGACCCCCGGGCUGGAGGAUGAAAUCAAAACAGGAAUCAUUGAGGCAAUUGACGGAAUGUUUCUCCUAGCGAAGCUCCACUUGAUCUCAUUGAUGGAUAAAAUAUCCAUAAGGGACAUAAAGGACACGCUCAAGACCUUACCCAGAGGCUUUGACGGAUACGAUAAAUCGUACCUGGAAGCCAUGAACAACAUCUACGGCCAACGGCAAGGCUUGCGCGAACUCGCUUUAAAAGUCCUGUCUUGGAUUUGCUGUAGUCGGCGACUACUCCUCGCAACUGAGCUCCAGCAUGCACUAGCAGUGAAAGAAAAACACACAGAGUUUGAUAUAUUGAGCAUCCCGGACAUCGGGCUGCUUGUCAGUGUAUGCAAAGGAUUGGUCAUUGUGGACGGGGAACGGGGGACAAUCCGCUUGGUUCACUACACAACGCAGCAAUAUUUCGAACGGACAUGGCAGGAAUGGUUCCAUGAUGCACACGAAAGGAUUGCGGAAACUACUCUUAGGUAUUUGACAUUCACUUCCUUUGAUAGUGGAGCCUGCGCGACAGGCACCGAGUUCAAGGCCCGCCUGGACCAAUAUGCAUUGUAUGAUUACGCGUCGCGAAAUUGGGGCUACCACGUACGGGAUGCAUUAUUUGAGGAGACGUCCUUGGUCCUGAAACUUCUGGAGCAUGAGAAGUGCGUAUCUAGCGCGGCUCAGGCCAUGUUUGCUGAACGGAGUCAAGUACGUAGUGAGCGCAGUCCGCACGGAAUGACUGGACUUCAUGUUGCGGCCUACUUUGGACUUGAGAAGACGGCGAGGCUUUUGCUUCGCAAGUUCCAACCGGACGUGAAGGAUAGUUCUGGUCGAACGCCUCUGCAUUGGGCCUCUGCGCGUGGACAUGCUGCUGUCGUGGUGGCAUUGCUUGAGAAUAACCUGGUUGAUGCAGACCGGCAGGAUGACGAGGGCCAAACUCCCUUGUUUCUGGCUGCAUAUAAUGGACACGGGGAGAUUGUGGACUUGCUCAUGGGCCGUGGAGUAGAGUUCAACCACAUGGAUCAUGAAAAACAAACACCACUAUGCGCAGCUGCGCAUAACGGGGAUAGAGCGGUAAUCAAGGCAUUUCUACUUCACCAAGUUGAUAUUGAUUUCGAGAAUGGCCACGGGGAAACUCCACUCGUAUCGGCAGCAGGGCAGGGACAUGCUGGGUCCGUGGAGCUGUUGCUAACCCACAGUGCUCCCUUGGUUCCUCGUACUGGAAAUAGAGCGCUCUCUCGCGCAGCAUCGAAUGGUUAUGCCGCCGUGGUGAAACUCCUCCUGCAAUAUGGCACUGAUGCUGAUCAUCGGGAUGAAGAUGGGCGCACGCCAUUGUUCUCUGCCGCACAAUAUGGCCACGAGGAGGUGGUGUCUCUCUUUCUCGGUCAUCAAAAAGUCAAUCCGAACGCCGAAAACAUCCGGGGUCAGACCCCAUUAUCAGUCGCUGCCUGGGAAGGGCAUGAAAAUGCCGUGCGCCUUCUUCUCGCUGAUAGUCGCGUGAAUCCUGACCACAAGGAUAGGAAGGGACAGACCCCUCUCUCGCUCGCCGCAUUCUGGAUACGCACAUCCGUGGUCGAACUCCUAUUGGAAGUUCCCCGAGUUGAUGCUAACUCCAUGAACUCUUCCGGUCAAACACCCUUGUCUCUUGCUACACAAAACGGCGGUGCAGAGGUAGUAGAACGACUACUUCAGACUUCCAUAGUUGACCCAGACCUACGUGAGCAAGGCAGCGGCAACACACCACUCGCAGUAGCAGCUCAAUACGGACGCGACUUCGUGGUCAAGCUCCUACUUGCCACCCCAGGGGUCGACCCGAACUCCACCAAUGCCAAGGGGGAAACUCCUUUAUCUCUUGCUGCGCGAGAAGGGCAUGCGUACGUCAUCGAAUUACUCCUUCUCGAUGGAAGGGCGGAUUGCAACCAUAGAAAUGAAACUGGCCGAACCUCUCUUUCAUGGGCGUCUGGACGUGGCCAUACCACCACGGUUGAAAGUCUGCUUACCGUGCACACGGUGGACGUCAAUGCACCGGAUGACGAAGGACGCACGCCGUUAUUAUGGGCUGCCUGGGGUGGUUACCCGACUAUUGUGAACCAACUCCUCGCAACAAGGAAGGUUGACCUUGAGUGUAGGGAUAGUAAUGGCCAAACCCCUCUUUCCCGUGCCGCAGAAAGCGGGGGGCUGACAGCCGUAGAGAUACUUCUAGAGGAAGGUGCUGACGCGAACGCUGAGGACAAGGAUGGGAUGACGCCGCUCAUGCGUUCCGUGGAAAAUGGCCAUGUGCAAGUUGCAGAAGCCCUCCUCACCGCGGGUGCUUCCCCAGGAGGAGUAGACCAAGAGGGACGCACUCCACUCCUCAUCGCCGUUGAGGCAGGACGACGAGAGGUGGUUGAGUUAUUACUGAAUGAUGCCGGCCUGGAUCCUGAUGCGAGUGGGGAAUAUGGGUACACUCCGUUGGAGUUGGCUGAGGAGUGCGGUUGGGAUGAUAUAGUGGACUUGAUCGAGGCGGCGCACGAAAGGCGCACGAGGUCCACAGGUUCCGAUCUCCCUCCUCAGAUGUCUUCUUGGGCCUCGCCCUUCGCAUCUGCCAUGGGUUUGUCAAAUUCAAAUCCAGGCUGGGAUCGGGGAAAGAGGGCACAGGGUGUUGUCUCACAUCGAGGUGGGACUACAGAAAGCACUGCGCCGGAAGUGGCAAUGGUGAACAGGUCAUAUUCCCAAAUCUCGCUUGACGAGUGA